GGAUGGAGUGUCCACGUAAUAUUUAAAACCGCAGUGACAUCUAGCGGUAGUGUUGUAUGUGCGGUGCUCGGUCUGGAAAAUAGGGAGAGGAGUGAGAAUAGUGAUGAGUACAGCGGCCGGGAGAUGUCGCCUCCGUCCGCGCUGCGCGUGAGACAACUCACCUGGGUCGUGGAGGUCGGAGACGUGCCGCCGUACAGGACGGGGCCCUACGAAAAACAUCUCAACCAUAGCAAGUAUGAGCGGGAAGACGUGCAAAAGAAAACGUUCGCAAAAUGGAUAAAUUCGCAGCUGGCAAAGCAAGGCAAGCCGCUCGUCAACGAUCUGUUCCAAGAUCUGCGCGAUGGAGAGGUGCUGCUCUCAUUGCUGGAGAUACUCACCGCACAACAGUUCAAGCGUGAGCGCGGCCGCAUGCGGGUUCAUCACCUGAACAAUGUGAACGCGGCCCUGCGAGCACUGGCCGCCGCCGGCGUCCGGCUCGUCAACAUUAGCAGCGGAGACAUCGUUGAUGGCAACCCCAAACUCAUACUGGGACUCGUUUGGAGUAUUAUACUGCACUGGCAGGUUCAUUACCACCUCAAGGAGCUCAUGUCGGAACUUCAACAGACGAACCUGGAAAAGACUCUUCUAGCCUGGUGUCGUAAUCACACACAGGAUUACGCGGGUGUGAAGGUUGAGAAUUUCACGUCAUCGUGGUCGGACGGGCUUGCGUUCAGCGCACUCCUGCAUCGCUUCCGUCCGGAGUUGUUCCGAUACAACGACGCAUUAGGACUCUCUCCUUCAGAGAGACUCGAUCGAGUCUUCACACUGGCGCAAGACCAUCUCGGGAUCGAUCGACUUCUGGACCCCGAAGACGUCAACACGACUAACCCUGACAAGAAGUCCAUAAUGAUGUACGUGAUGUGUCUGUUCCAAUCCCUUCCUCAAACGCCGGCUUCACACGAGUCCUGCGACCUGGAGCAUGGCGACGGAGACGAGAUAGGAAGCCCCGGGGACCUCGGAGCGGAGGUGGGCGGUGGUAGCUGCUCGGCGUCGCGGCCUGUGUCGGUGGCGACCACAUGUUCCGUGGAGCUAGGAGCUUACGGCGCCGCUCUCGAGGACGCGUUGGCAGCUCUACUGCUUGGGGAGGAGCGGCUGCGAGACGCACCUCCUCCCGACGAGCCUGAAGACGCCGGUUCUGAACAGCCGCCCGGACGGUACCUCGUCACUCUUAAGGAGUACUUUCACGAACACGAGAAGUUUCUUCUGGAGCUGUCGGAGCAGCAGUGGCGUGUUGGCGGUGUUCUGGAGGAGGGGGCUCGUCUGCUGCGGGAGGCCGCGUUGGCCCGAGACGAGGCGGCUGAGGUGCGGCUUCAGCUGCGACUGCUGGCGCGGCGAUGGGAGGCGCUCCGCGGCGCCGCUAUGACGCGCCAAGCUGACCUGCACCGUGCUCUCAUGCGAACACAACAUGACCACCUUCAGCGCUUUCGGCGCUGGCUCACCGCAACUGAGGACCGCAUGUCUCGUAUGGAGGCCGUCUCCGCGCCGGCCGGUGCCGCUUUAGAAGCGACGCGAGCGCUGCACGCCGACCUGCGACAGCAGCAGCCGCUCGUCGACGCUCUGGCGGACUGCGUGUUGGUCGUCGACGACGAGGACGAUCGUCAUGAACACCAAGACGGCUCGGACCGUCCGGACCUACCUCUCACCAGCAGCGAUAACGUGGCGGCCAUGGAGGACGAGUUGCGGGCUCUAGGAGAGCGCUGGUCACAUGCGUGUCAAUGGACGCUUUCCCGUCUGCAGCGGCUGCAGCGUUACGUCGACCUGGAGCACCGGGCCGACCUCCUUCGAGACAAAGUUUCAACCCUAGAAAACGAUCUUAAACAGAUGGAAGCCUACCCCGCACAGGAGAUUGGCGAGGUUCUAGAGCGAAUACGGUCUCUCCAGCGUUGCGGCGCGGAGCUGCGAGUGAGACGCGACGAGCUCAAUGAACUCCUGCGGUCCCUAGAGGAACAAGACGACGACCACACGGCGAGUCAGCUGGCAGACCGCGCGGACCAGUGCCAGGACAGGCUGGACGCGCUCGACCUCAUCCUGCGCGUGCAGGCAGAUAGGAUACGAGAGCUCGGUUUUGACGUGGACGUGUCGAGUGAGUUAGGCGGAGAGGUGGGUGGGGCUGGCGGGACCGACGAGCACGUCAGCAAGAAGCCGCGGCUGGAGGCCGAGCGUGCGGGCGUAGACUUCCAAGCUGGUUACCGCGCGUUUAACAACUGGGCAGCUGAAACUGAAAAUGCCUUGCUGAUGUGUAUGGAACAGCUCCAAACGGCAAGCGGAACGGAAAAGGCGACAGGAGAGGCGCGCACCUUGCUACAGCGAGUCACGAGGGAGAGCGAAGAACGACGAGGGGACUUCAGCAACGUGGAAGAAAUACAGAGGCGACUGGCCGCCGACCAGGAACUUGCCGAGGAAGCCAAAUUACACGCACAAAGCAUAGAAGAGGUCAAGAAGCGAUGGGAGGGAAUACAAAAAAUGCUCCUCGACAUACGGAACACCUUGAACCUUUUGGAAGAUAAGGACAAUGUUUAUAAAAAUAUUAAAGCUUUCGAAUCCGAUCUUCAGGACAUACACGCGUGGAAAGACAGAAUGCUCAAGGAGACGGCGACCAACAACCAAUUGAUACAUUUACGAAAUAAGAUACGAACACUCAAACAGCUCGAAAUAAAACUCAAAGAGUUAAACGCGCAAUCGAUCAUUUUGCUGACGAAAGCUUUUUCAAAGACACACAAGGACGAGGUGGAGGCGGACACGAAACGAAUCAACGAAGCCUUCGAAGAAUUGUUCCUGCAUCUGUGCAAGAAGGAAGUGGAAAUAAAAAUCGCACUGAAUAAAAAGCUUUCCCCGAUACAAACCGAAGACGAGUACAAGGCGGUGCAGAGGAAGAUACAAGAGAUGGAGUCUCAGAUAAUAUCAGAACACGCAAUCAUCUCCACCAGGGAGGAGAUGGCCAAGAAACUAGAGGAGUUGAAAAAUAUGAGGCGACAGUUCGACGAUCUGCAGGCCUCGUACGACGCGGUCGUGAAGGAGAAACGAGACAAGUUCGAAAAGGGCAGUCUCGAAGAGUUGAAUCUGAGGAGCAGUGUCGAGAACUUGGUGCUGAGGUUCGACGACUCCAAGACCAUUUUGGAGCAAAAGAUUGACAAGUUAGAGAAAGGCAUCUCUUUGCUGGAACGUCUCGAGGGCGAACAGAACGCCGUCGACUCGUGGCUGAAGGGCCUGCAUCGCUUCAUGGACGAACAUAGAGACGUGCCGGUAGGAGAGCUGCAGCUGCUGGAGGAGUUGCUGGACCGCAGCAACAAGUUCCUUGAAGAAAAAUCUGAAUAUACGGCCAGAGUGGAGGCCAUCGAAGAAAUGAAGCGGACCGUGCUCGAAGAUUGCGAAGAGGUUGUAGCGAAGACUCUGAAGGCCGACACGCUGAGAAAACGAUUCGAUUCGCUGACCGAGGAGUCCUUGAAGACGAAUGAAGAGCUGCGGCGAGCGCUCGAGAAGACGGAGGGUCUCUUCCGACGGGUCGACGACCUGGAGACGUGGCUGGGACGGCUCCGAGACGACAUGCCGCGGGAGGACGAGUGCGGCAUCGAGGACUCCGCGCAACUGUAUCAGAUGAAAAUGCGCUUCCAGACGCUCAAGGAACGCUGCGAUGACAAGACGGACGAGUUCCGCAACCUCAACGAGGACGGUAACGAGAUGCUGCUGAACGCGGGCGCGCCGGCCGUGGCGAGACGACUUACGCAGCUCAACGCACGCUGGACGGCCGACACUCACGCCGUCUACGAAAGAUAUAAAGUGCUGGCGGAGGCUUGGCUGGAGGCUGGGGAGCUGCGGGCCUGGCUGUCCGCACAGGCCGCCUGGCUGGACGGACUGCAGCGGCGACUGAGACCAGAUACGUCGCGAGCCGCGCGCGCCGACGCAGAGGACAUCUCCGAUGAACUAUACGAUCUCGAGAACUACAUCGCGAACUGCGACGAGGCGCGGGUGAGUCGCAUAGAGGCCGUCGCCAGACAACUAGCAGAUGCCCACAUCAUGCCGCAGUGGAUACGGAACGAGACCGAGACCCUAGCCAGGCGCUGGGACGAGCUGCGGCUACAGGCCGCCGAGCGAUCGGCCGAGCUGGAGGCAGCGGCGCGGGAGGCGGCACGAUGUGAGGUGGCUCUGGACUCGCUGCGGCAGUGGCUGGGAACUGUCAGAGACGGGGGACACGUACCGACCUCCGCGGAGUUUGCGGACCGACGCGCGUCGCUGAGGGAGGUGCGAACUCAAGAAGAGGCUCAUCGGGCGGCUGGACGACGGGAGGCCGCCGACCGACUAAGAGACCAGCUGGAGUUGGCCGAGCGCGAGCUGGUGUCUCUAGAGCGCCGCGUGUCCGUGUCGGGAGCGGGGCCGGCAGCGGCAGCAGGCCGACUGCCCGGAGACCUAGCAGCGCGUCUCCGUCGGGCCACGGAGACCCUGGAGGACGUGCAGCGAGCGUCAGGAGGUCUGGCGCUCCACACACACGACCCGGAUGAGGUUCGCACUCAGCUUCGAGCCUGUCUGAGGUUCUACCGCACCCUGAGCGAGAUCAAGUCGGAGGUGGAGUCGAUCAUUAAGACGGGACGGAAGACUGUGGAGGAGGGCGGAGCGGAAAGACAACGGGCGCUCUCCGCGGAGAUCGACGCGCUCAAGGAACUCUACAAUAGACUGGGGGCGCAUGUGACGGAGGCCAAGGGUCGCCUGGAGGCCGCGCUGCUCGCCGCCAGGGAGAUACAGAGCGAUCUCGCCUCUCUCGGCGUCUGGCUGAGGAGCGCCAAGGUCGCGGGCCGACACAAGCUCGAGUUGGAGAUGUCGCGCAUGGCCGCCAUACGAGACAAGCUACAAGCCAACUACGAGGAGCUGGCCCGGGGCUGCGAUCCCGCGCAUCUCGCCGGACUGCGUGCGCAACUAGACGACGUCAACGAACAGUGGGAGCGGUUGAGACGCCGCGCUGACACCGGGGCCGACCCUGCGGAAGACCGAGGGGAAGACCCCGCCCGGGGGGAGGACUCGGCCGCCUCGGCUACCGAGGCAGACGGUAACGUUCUUGUAGAGUACGAAAACGUAACCGACACUAUCAAAAGACGCCUCGAGAGUCCCGUCAAUUCACACGAAACAGAAAAACCCGAGCAAAAGAGGUCCAGGAUACCGCUAGCUUUGAAGAGCCCCUCGCCCAUCAAGAAGGAGGUUCAGGAGGGCGGCGCGAGGAGCAGGGGUUCCUCGAUGGAGAGACGAGUAAGGAGUCCGAGCGGCAACAGGACGGACAGCACCAGCACCAUGUCCGCUGACUCCAUCGAGGACACCACGUCACUGGCCGGCACCCCUCCUGCCGGCUCCGCCCCCGCCACGCCCAGUGCUAUCAGGAAAGACAGCAGCACAUUCAAUCUUCUCAAGGACAGCGAUUUAUUCACACAAAUAUCUAAAAACAAAAUCGUCGCAAAGAGUCCGUCGUCGUCGGAGGUGAUGGAGUCGCAAUCCUGCCACGUGGUAGAGGUGAAAGAGCAUGAGAUCGUGAAGUCGACCGUCGGCCUCACUUGGCCUGCGGAGGCGACGACCAGGGAUGUGUUGGAGGACGUGGAGACCGUGGAGACCGUGGUGGAGUUCAUUCCGCAGACUGUGGACACUGUGGAGAUCAUAGAGGACACCGAGGAGGACGAGGAGGAGGGGGCGGAGGAAAGGGACUCCGCCGGGCACUUCGGACACGAGCCCAGGACGUUCGUGGUGGAGGUGAAGACACUUGAACACAGAAUGAGGCCUACCAUCGGGAUAUUGAAGAGGAGAAGAGACCACAGAGAGAAGGGGGUCAAGGUGGUGAGGAUGGACGAGGACGGCCCGUACGCGAUCCCGGGGGAGGAGAGGGAAGUGAUGUUGGCCACCACAGGAGAGGGGCUGGACCCAGGAGGUCAAAACGGUCUCAUGGACGAUGAGGUUAACGAGUAUCACAUACUGGACGACCGCCUGAAAGAGAUUGUGGACGAAGAGGAGAGAGACGAGGGGGAGGCAACUAGCGAGGGUAUAUAUACUGAAGUGGAGGAAGGACAGACGCGUGUGAGGGAGCCGCUGUCUUCCUCGACUCCUGUGAAGAAACACGAAGACAACAGGGCGCACGUGGUCGGGGCCGAUCACAAGGGUCAUAAGGUGGAGGAACACGAGCAGACAAAAGUCGACCAAUCUUCCGUCGACGAAAUAUCGGCGAUAGAAGAGGAGAAAGGUGAGGGAGUGGAACAGGAGCUGGAGUAUGAGGAAGACGGGGACGACGAGGCGGCCGCUGCGAGGCUAGAGGCGGCCGGGGAGAAGAUGCUACGACGGCUACAGGUCGUGCUGCUGACACUGGCAGCCGUGCCGGCGGAGAGAGACCCCGCCAAAAGACUAGAGAUUCUGAAGAACCAAGUCGGCGGCGUGGCCCCGGACGCGGCGGCGCUCAUCUCCCGCGGGGACAGCCUCGUGUACCGUCUGCAUGGGACUCGGCCCGCGCUCGCUCACCGACUGCAGGAGGUCGUGCAGGACCCGUUGCGGGCGAGGUGGAGCGCGCUCAGGGCGGAGGCCGAGCACCGGCGGCGAGAGGCGCUGCGGGCCGAGGACGACUUGCGCGAGCUCGGGGCGAGGCUGGAGGCCGUGAGGCGGGCCGGCGGGGGCUCGGCCGCCGCACACGACGCGAACCGACUGCGGGACCUGUGUCGAGAUCUGCGAGACCGGCGGGUCGCCUUCCCGGAGCGAGCCGUCGCGGACGCCCUGGCCGAAUACGACGCCGCCCGAGAACAGCGGCGAGGCUCCGACGAUCACCGACACAACCUAGAGGAGCGCUCGGAGGUGGUGACGCGGUGCAACCUGGAGCGCGAGGCUGUGUCCAGAGCCUUGGGGUCACUGCGGGGGUCCCCGCUCGGGGGAGGAGACUAUGACGACUUCCCGCUACAAGAAGACGCUCUGAACGAAAUAAAGAGCGCCAUCGAUGACAUCGAAAGGUCACUGGCGGAGGUCGAGGGUCGCGGGGUCGGCGGGGAGCAGGCGGCCAGGGUCACGGACAAGCUGAGGAAUGAACUGACACGGCUGAAGGAGGACUACCGCGAGAGAUGUGACAGGUGGCAGAGGUGUGCUGGGACGUGGGCGAGGCUGUACGGGGCCUUGGAGGAGGGCGGGCGACAGCUGGACGACCUGCUGGCGGCUCUGGACACUGUGGAGGAGGAGGGCGGCGCCUGCGACCAUCACAGACUGGCCAUCUGGCAGGAACAACUGGAGGAGUGCACGCGGGGAGCGGAUGAGCUGAAGUCGCUGGGCGGAGCAGUGACAGCGGCGUGCGGCGGCGCGCUCGGGGAGAAGGUCCGGGGACAGAUCCAGGAACACGAGAGACGACGCGCGCUCGCCGAAGAGAGGGUGCGCGCUCUGCGGACGACCAGUCCGACGAGUGUGAAGGAGCGGUCUCGCGCUCGUCGGCCAGAGACCUGCGCCACCCUGGCGCGAGUCCGCGAGCUGCUGCUAACGACCAGCGCGCACCCCGCGGACCGCGCCAGCCUCGCCGUCCGACACAGCCUCGUCAAGGCUCGGGAGGAGGAGGUGGCGCGCGCCCUGACCACCGCCCGCGGGGACGAGAGACUGGAACUGGAACAGGCGCGGGCGAGUCUGUCGGCUCACGGACAGUAUGUGUCCCAUAAGCUGGCCUCUCUCAGGAAGUACAGCAUCAGGCUGGACGACGCGCUCGCCUGGACUCAGACCAUCCGGGACAGGAUCACUAGGGGGGACCUCUCCGGCCUCAGGGAGGCGGUGAGGGACAAGGAGGUGGAGAUAGGGGAGGUGCUGGAGAACUACAACAACAUAGAGAGGGAGUGUCACGCGGCCAAACAUAGCGUGUGCCAGGAGAUAAGAGACAGGGUGCAGAGACUCAGGGAGGAUUGGCGGGAGAUCAGGCAGGACGAGGCUGGCGGAGAGAUUGAGCGCGGCGUGCGGGUGGGGUCGCGGCGGGGCCCGUCGCUGGACUCGCCCGCAGCGCUGCUCGCCAACUUCGACAGCACCACUCUGCAGAUCCGUGACUGGUUGUCUGUGGAGGCGGACAUGCUGCGAGCUCAGCCGGUGGCGGUCGGCGACGUCGAUGACAUCAUCAGUCAGCUCGACAAGCAGAAGGGCGUGCUGCGGGAAUUAGAACAGAAGAAGCCACAGUUAGACGAGCUGCUGCACACAGCAGAGAGUUUGAAGGGCACCGAGAACAGGCAACAGCUACAUGGAAAAGAUAUCUCCGGGUUCCCAGCAUCCAAAACAAGUGGUCAUUUGUUACACUUGCGAUCUCUAUUGAAAGUGACAGCCCUCCGCGAACACUGGGAUGAGGCGAACGCCCGCGUGCUACAGCGAAAGGCGCAGCUGGACGCUAUGCUGGGAGAUUCGCAGAGGUAUGAAGCGAGGCGAAGAGAUGCAGACGCCUGGCUCACCAGGAUGGAAACGCGACUGGCUGAGAUGACUCCACCUGGACACACCGCUGAUGUGCUGGAAAUGCAGCUCCGGGAACAGAAGUCGUUCCACGCGGAAGUCCAUCAAUACAAGCACCAGAUAGAGCUGUUCGGUCAGCUGACGCAGCGUCUGAUAGCGGUCUACAGAAACGACGACACGACGCGCAUCAAACGAGCCACGGAGGCCAUCAACCAUCGAUACAGUGAACUUAACAAUAGUAUCGUGGCACGCGGUAAAGCUCUACAUUCGGCGGUGUCAUCGCUGCAGAAUUUUGAUCGCUCGCUGGAACGCUUCGUGGGAUGGCUGAGUGAGGCCGAGUCGCUACUGGAGGCGGCCGAGAGAGACCCGCAUCUGUUAAAGGAUCUACAAUCAGAGAUAGAAACUCAUCGCGAUGUGUACGCGUCUCUCACGGGAACGGGCCGCCGUCUGCUGGGCUCCCUCUCAUCCCAGGAAGACGCCGUGAUGCUGCAGAGAAGACUAGACGAGAUGAAUCAGAGAUGGCAUCACCUUAAAGCGAAGAGCAUGGCCAUCAGGAACCGUCUGGAGAGCAACGCUGAACACUGGUCCGCGCUGUUGCUGUCGUUACGAGAACUCACCGAGUGGGUCAUCAGGAAGGACACCGAGCUGAACGCUCUGGCUCCGCCGAGAGGAGACCUCAACGCUCUCAUAAAACAACAGGACGACCACCGUGCCUUCCGCCGCCAAUUGGAGGAUAAGCGCCCAGUGGUUGAGAGUAACCUGCUCUCUGGGAGGCAGUACGUGGCCAACGAACCUCCGCUCUCUGACACCAGUGACACGGAACCGAGUCGUGACUCAGAAGGUGACUCCCGAGGAUACCGUUCUGCUGAGGAGCAGGCUCGGGAAUUGGCGAGGUCCAUCCGAAGAGAGGUCGCAAAGUUAGCUGAUAAAUGGAACUCCCUGGUCGAUAGGAGCGACGCCUGGGGCCGCUGUCUCGAUGAUGCCGUGCAGCGUGUGCGCACUUUUACGACGUCUCUGGACGAGUUGUCCUCUCGCGUCCAAACAGCGGAGGCAGCACGUGCGUCAUGGCGAGCCCCGGGAGACGCCCGGGAUGCGCGCGCUCAGCUCGAUGCGGUCUCGCGAGCAAGGGCCCAGCUGCCACCCCUCAAGAGACUGGCGGAUGAACUGCGAGGGCAAGCUCAAGCCAUGGCCAGGGAUAAUAUACAGCUGCCGGAGCAGUUGGUUACGAGGUUGGACGAUCUGAACACCAGGGUGUCAGCUCUGAGUGCUGGUGGUGAGGAGCGCGCCCGUCAGCUAGCCGGAGUCGCUCGUGACGGAGGCGCUGGGGCAGCUCAGGGUUUCCUCGCGGGUUCCGUGCGCCCUCCCUGGGAACGAGCCGUGACUCCCGCUAACGUACCGUACUACAUCAAUCACGAACUCGAGACGACCCACUGGGACCAUCCUAAGAUGAUCGAGCUGAUGAAUUCGUUGGCAGACCUCAACGAGGUUCGGUUCUCAGCUUACAGGACCGCUCUCAAACUGAGGACCGUGCAGAAAGCACUGUGCAUGCACAUGUUACAACUGCCGGCUGCCCUGGAGGCGUUCGACUCGCACGGCCUGAGAGCUCAGAACGACCGGCUCAUUGACAUACCAGACAUGAUCACUGUACUCACUUCACUCUACGAGGUGAUAGCUGCGGAGAACCCGAGUCUAGUGAAUGUUCCUCUGUGUCUGGAUCUGUCCAUCAACUGGUUGCUGAAUGUGUACGACAGUCAGAGAACGGGUCAGAUCAGAGUCCUCAGCUUCAAGGUGGGCCUGGUGUUGCUGUGUAAGGGGCAUCUGGAAGAGAAAUAUAGGUAUCUGUUCCGUUUGAUCGCGGACCCGUCUUGUCGCGCUGACCAAAGAAAACUAGGACUUUUACUGCAUGACUGUAUACAGAUACCGAGACAGCUGGGUGAAGUGGCCGCGUUCGGCGGGUCCAACAUAGAGCCUUCAGUUCGGAGCUGCUUUGAACAAGCCUCCGUUAGAGAUAACAACAAGGGGACUCUAGACAGGAAGUCGAUCGACAAAGACAAGGAAAAAGAGAAAGAGAAGGAAAAGGAGGAGGAGGAGCGAGACGCCGAGGGUCAGUUGCAGCACAUCGAAGCCUUUCACUUCCUGCAGUGGUUGCAGCGCGAGCCUCAGUCCAUGGUGUGGCUUCCCGUGCUGCAGCGCCUGGCCGCCGCGGAACCAGCCCGCCACCAGGCCAAGUGUAACAUUUGCAAGGAUUAUCCUAUAGUUGGCUUCCGAUAUCGCUGUCUGAAGUGCUUCAACUUCGACAUGUGUCAGAAAUGUUUCUUCAACGGCCGCAAAGCCAAAAACCACAAGCUGACUCAUCCCAUGCAGGAGUACUGCACUGCUACUACUUCCGGUGAGGACGUGCGCGACUUCACCCGAGCUCUGCGGAACAAGUUCAAGUCCGCGCGUUACUUCAAGAAACAUCCCAGGGUGGGAUACCUUCCCGUGCAGACUGUGCUCGAAGGUGAUGCUCUGGAGUCUCCUGCUCCAUCCCCUCAGCACGGCAGCAGCGCCGACGACAUGCACUCGCGACUGGAACUGUACGCCUCCAGAUUGGCGCAGGUGGAGCUGGGGGCUCGACCUGCCGACACUCCCGACAGUGACGAGGAGCACGCGCUGAUCGCUCAGUACUGCCUGUCCCUGAGCGGCUCGGAGGCCCCGCGCUCCCCGGAACACGUGGUCUCCGGCAUACAGAGGGAACAGAGACACGAGCUGGAAGCCAUGAUACGAGAGCUGGAGGAGGAGAACGCCAGUCUGCAGGCGGAGUACGAGAGACUGAAGGCCAAGCAGACUCCUGGAAGCACUCCUGAAGAACUCACAGGAGAUAACAGGAACGCUCCUGUCGACCAGGACAUGAUGGCCGAAGCUCGUCUGCUGAGACAACACAAGGGACGCCUGGAGGCUCGCAUGCACAUCCUGGAGGAACACAACCGACAGUUGGAAGCGCAGCUGCAGAGACUCAGAAGACUGCUGGACGAGCCGGGGUGUCAGUCUUCUCCGGGCGGGCAGGGCUCCCCGGGCGGGCGCGUGUCGUCCGGCACGCUACAGACGCGCUCCGUGACCGCCUCUCAGCUCGCCACCGACUCUCCCGCCAAGCUCACCAACGGCCUCUACCAGGACACGAAUGGCGGUCGCGAGCGCGAGCGUGAGUUGGAGCGCCCUCCGCCGCCGCCGCACGCCGUGCACUCUCUCAUGCACUGCGCAGAUGAUCUCGGGAAGGCUGUGGAGGAGCUGGUGUCGGUGAUGACGGAGGACGGUCACCAAGCACCCGACGUUAAUCUUCCUCCUCAAUACACUAACGGGAAACCGGAAGAGAAAGACAAAGAUAACAAAUAGGUUUACCACUGGUGUGAUGCUGCGGCGUCUAUCCGGGAGCCCUUCAUGUCUGACAGUGCCGCGCCUCCCCUAACACGCGACCGCCCGACACUACCUCUAACAUCCGACUCGUCACUAACCCGCACCUCCUCUUAUCUAUACAGCCCCCCCCCCUCACCGCCUCUCAGUUUCCGAUGUACUUGUCGUUUGUUUCAAACACUAAGCAUCGGACGUCGAUCGCUCGCGACUCAUCCGUAUGCAACGCUUAUUGUAUAGAUAAGGGCCUCUCGGUGCCGUAGUUGCAGUACGUGUCGUGUGGACUCCCCGCCUCUGAGCGAUCCGUUUCUAUUUCUCCGGUCAGCCGCGCCACUGUCAGACAUGCGAGCCUCGUCUCGACCGGCACGUACCUUAAUGUAAAGUACCAAUUCUCCUCGAUCGUCCGCAGCGAUCGCUCGAGUGCAUAUCUUUUUGUACGGCCCACUCUCAUAUCACUUGUUGUAUAUUCUCUCAUAUCAUUGCUCUGUGUUAGUCUGACGCGUGUAUAAAAUGUCACGAUAAACUAUCUCGUGCUUCGUAUUCAACGAAAUAGGAAUGUUUUCUAUGGAAAUCUUUUUUAGGGCUUCUGAAGGCUAAAGCUUUAAGUAUAUCACAACCUUAGCUUUAAUGCGGUCCUCGACCGCGAUUCGGGUCCGGCGAGGCCUCCGGGGUCCGAGGUGUUGUUACUAGAGGGUUCGAAUGUUUUCGACUCGCCAUGUUAUGCCAUGGACGUCAUGGCCGUAGUUAAUGAAUUCGUUGAUCGGUUCUCGCAGUAGUGUUAGAUGUAGCCGAGCGAACGAGCCUCAUAUUAAUGUGCAUAUUUGUAUGUUACUCAUAUCGACUUAUCGAAAAUGUAUCCUUAGAGAAUAUUAAUUAUCAAUACAAGUCUACUCACAACUCACUUUCUGUUUAUCGUGCUCUGGAGUAGUGACUUCGUAGCGUUUAUAUCAUGUAACCGAAUCUUUUUAACUAUCUCGAACGGCCGCCCUCCUCCUAGGUAUCGGACGGGCGUCGCGUGUCGGCCCGCUCGGGUGUUUUGUAUCGUGUGUACUUUGUAAGAUGACGCCUACCUUAUUAGAUAAGAUUAUAUUGGAGAGAUGACUUUUAUACGGAUGUUGAUAAACUGUUGAACGCUAACUUAAGUACUUCCAUGUAACCAUAUCAAACUUUGUUCGUUUUAUUAUUACGUUUGAUUCGAUCGUGUUAUUGGGAACGGUGACAUGUAACAAUGCUCUGUCGGACGUCAGUUAGACAGAGCAUGUGACAGCUGCUCUUCUGACAGAUACCGAUUCUUUUUAUUCACCGGUAUAUUUCGGUACUUUGAAUCCCGUUACUUUAUGUGUACGGUUAUAUCUAGUUUUAAUUUGGCGAAUAUAUUAUAAGAAUACGAAAAGCACAAUUUAUUAAUUAAUGAACGAAAAAAAUAUUCUAUACUAAUAUAUUAUUUAUAAUAUUAUUGUAACAUUUUGUUUAACGUAGGGCGGGUUUAUUGUUUCUAAUCGUAUUAUCAAAAUUAUAUAAAAUACUACUUCCGCAUUUAUUUGUUUUACUGUGUUCAUAAUGUUUUAGAAGUUAAAUCCAAAUAAACAUUCUGCAUAGUA